CAGACAAUCAGACAAUCAGUCAAUUAAAUAUUCAACCAUCUCCUUCCACUUCAUCUAUCUCAAUAUUGCUCACAGCCACUCACAUCGAUAUCCAUCUUCUCCAUCGAUCUCUCUUUUCUUUUCUUACCAUGGCAGAAGCUAAAUGGGAAGGCAAGGCCACUGUUGAAAUAUCUGGCUUAACGGAAGAACAAGUGUGGCCUUGUCUUGAAGAUUACUGCAACCUGCAUAACUGGUUUCCUUUUCUUGAUAAAUGCUAUCAAGUAGAAGGAGUUCCAGGCAAGCCUGGUCUAGUCCGCCAUGUUUCAUCGACUGCAAAAGCUUCACCUGAAUCUGACGAGAUGAUCACGCGGUGGGCCAACGAGAAGCUUCUCACGAUCGACCCCAUCCAAAAGACUUUCAGCUAUGAGGUCACUGAUAACAACAUUGGAUUCAGCAACUAUGUGGCCACCAUCAAAGUGUUUCCAGUCAAUGCUGAUGAUCGGCAAAAAGGGUGCAUUGUCGAGUGGUCAUUCGUCACUGACCCAGUUCCAGGAUUGACGAUCGAAAAUUUGCUUUCUAAUUUUAACUACUGUCUCCAAUACAUGGGGAAGAAAUUGGAACAGGCUUUUCUUUAAACAAUCUGAAAUUUCUGAUUUUCCUUUUUAAUAAGAAAAUUGUGAGAUGACUUUCUCUCAGUUUGUAUUGAAUAUGUCUUUAUGUAUUGAAACCAUUGUUGUGAUGUUUUAUAUAUUAUCAGUGCCGUUUAAAUUAAUAA